CAGUCAGUCAGUCAGUCAGAGAGCGAGCGAGGGAGAAAGGCUGCUGGGUUGCUCCUGAUGUUUCUUAUUGUGUGAGGGUUUGCCUCUUCGCCGAGCCUCUCCCCCAAGGCGGCGGCCACCUCUCUGCCCUGGCCGGAGGACGAGGACGAUGAAGAAGAGCGAGGAGGAGGAGGAAGAGGAAGCAGGGGUCCCCACCGCCUCAGCAGCCCUGAGGUUUAGACUGCUGUAAAAGUGCUAUAUGCAGGAAAACAUCAUGUCAGACUGAAACUUGUGCAGGAUAUAGCAGUCUCUUUGUUGACAGUGGUGUUUUCUGGGAAAGUCAUCCUUGCAGUGCUGCCUUCACCCUGACAUCCGUACUCCAAUAUCCAGAGAUUCUACUCCCAACAGGAAAGUGAAGCCUGAGGCCAUGAUCAGCAUUUCACUGUAUCAGCCCUGUGGAAUAAUGAGAUUUUCUGCGCAAGAAGAACUGCAAUAGCUAUAUUCCUUUCAACCUGGCAAUAUUUGUGCUAAAGCACAAUAUCGAAGAAAAAUAGACCUUCAUGGUAUGUGGAUAGUGUGGACAAGACUGAUAAUGACCAGAUUAAGGCUUCCUGGAAGAGGUGAUUGUAAACAGAACUGCCAGUUGUGACGGCACAACCAGAGCAUUUGGAAUGUGUUCAGUUCGGUAGCAUCAAGGAGGGAGAGGCUACUGCAGUCUCAACAGGUGCUGUGCAAGACGUAAUAACCACCUCAGUUUUUGACAUGAAGAAAGAUAUAGAUGCCUUAAUAGCAGAGGAAAGAGCAGAAAUUCUUGAUAAAUACGAGAAGGGAAGGCAGGAAGGGGCUCAGAUUGAUCCAUGGGAAGAUGCUGACUUCACACUCUACAAAGUUACAGACAGAUUUGGGUUUUUGCAUGAGCAUGAGCUACCAACUCGCAGCGCUCUGGAAGAGAAGCAAAAGCUUCAAGAGAUUGAACGAGUGGACAAAUGGUUGAAAAUGUUAAGAAAAUGGGGAAAAUACAGAAACAGUGAAAAGAUGUUCCGCAGAGUUUAUAAAGGGAUUCCUCUUCAAGUGCGUGGCCAGGUCUGGUCUCUCUUGUUGGACAUUGAAAAGAUUAAGAUGGAGAAUGAAGGAAAAUAUGAGAAAAUGAAAGAACAAGCCAAGGAUUUCUCAUCAGAAAUAAAGCAGAUAGACCUGGAUGUUAAUAGAACUUUUCGAAACCAUAUCAUGUUCCGGGAUCGCUAUGGAGUUAAGCAGCAAGCUUUGUUUCACGUCUUGUCAGCUUAUUCUGUUUACAACACGGAAGUGAGUUACUGCCAGGGAAUGAGUCAGAUUGCAGCCAUCCUGCUGAUGUAUUUAAAUGAGGAGGAUGCCUUUUGGGCCCUGGCACAACUGCUUACCAAUCAAAGACAUGCAAUGCAUGGGUUUUUCAUUCCUGGAUUCCCAAAGCUGCAGAGAUUCCAAGCCCAUCAUGAGGCAAUCUUAAAUAAACUUUUUCCAAAGCUGAAGAAGCACAUGGACAAAGAACAGAUGUCUACAGGGAUUUAUACAACAAAGUGGUUUCUCCAAUGCUUCAUUGAUCGGACCCCCUUUACUCUAACACUGCGGCUGUGGGAUAUCUACAUCCUGGAAGGAGAGAGAGUGCUGACAGCCAUGGCAUACACCAUUCUCAAACUGCAUAAAAAGCGCUUAUUGAAAAUGUCCCUGGAAGAUCUACGGGAAUUCCUUCAGGAAAAAAUUGCUACUUCUUUGCAAUUUGAAGAUGAUAUUAUAAUAGAGCAAUUGCAAGCAUCCAUGGCUGAACUGCGUAAAAUGAAAUUUGAUCUUCCUCCUCCAGCAAAAUCUGAAGAAUUUCCCAAGAAAGUCCUGGGGCUGGAACUCUCUCUAAAUCUGGUGUCAAUGAAGCCAAGUGUUGCAGCUAAUGGACAGCAAAAGGAUGUCAAUGAUCUCAGCCAGGACAAAGAUGCUCUGAUACAACUUUCUCCAGAUAAAAAUAUUUCUCAUCUGAAUGAAACUAUUGGCAAUUCAAAUAUUAGAAAAGAGGAGACCCCUGACCUUUCACAACCUAAUGGUCUUCCCUUGGAAGCUGAAGAAGUAGUCGUGCAUAAUGAUCCAUUCCAGAAUAAUGAAUCAAGCCCAAAGUUUGAAAUGGAGGAGAAAAAAGAAGAAGAAAAUGCCAAUAGAAUCCCAUCAGAGAAUAAUCUGGUAGUGCUGAAUGAGAUUCAUGUCCCUGAAAAAAACCAGGACGAGCCUAUGGCCACUAAUGAAACUGAUUCUUUAGAGAGCAGCAGCACAGAGAGAGGUAGUUUACAGAAAAAUAAUCCCUGUUUUUCUAUAGAUGAUAGCAACCCUGUUUCCCAAGUGCAGACAGGACACCUGUCAGUUGACAGCUCUCUGUGGGAAUCAUCCUUACAGAGUCAGACUGUAGAAGCAGAUCUUUCUGCCAGCCACAAUAGUAUAAUUUCAUUGUCAGGGUCAGAGUCACCACAUCAAGUGCCAUUGCUUCCCUCUGUCGAAGAGCAAAGUGCCAUAGAAUCACCAUUGUCUGUGCAAAAUGCAACAGUACUUCAGCAUGAAAGUAAUACUUGCGCUUCUGAGGAUUUAUUAUGUGAACAUACUGUACUGCUUCCAGAUCAUACGGCCCACCCCGCAAGUAUAGAACCCUCUUUUAUUCCAGGGCACAGCCUGUCCACAGCAUGUGAUUUGCCAGAAGCCGUGGCAGCUCCAUGUGCAGUUGGACAUUCUGUUCUCCUUUUCUCAUUUGAGGAUGAACAACGGCGACCUUCUGAUGCAUCUCAGUACGAUAACCUGUCUGGGGGUGAAUAUGAAGACAAUAACUGUUCAGAACAUGUUCACAGUUCUGACAGACCGGCAGUGCCAAUACCACAGGAUGAGCUCUCUACUCCAGCUUUAAAGUGUACAAUCCCCAGGUCUGCAUCUGUUGGGGAAAUAGAAAAUCUCCAGGAGCGUAUUUGGGAAAUGGUAGAUUUGGAACACCAGCCAAAAGGAGUUAACCAAGCCUUCACGAUGCUGUCUCAUUGUAAGAGUCUGACUGGUGGAGGCAGCGUGCCACUUUUAUUGGAGCUAGAUUCUGAUGCCGGGAGGCUGUCAGAAGCUUUCCAUGGUCGCCCCACUUCAUCCCCAAUGCUACAAGAACCACACAGCCCUUUCAGAAUAGUAAAAACUACCACCCCUCUUCAUUUAGCUCAUGCUACGGAGCAAGGCUUCAUGAGCGAAAAGCAUGUGGCCUUGCCUUUGCUUGAGACCAGCUACCAUGAUGCAGCAGACAGUGACAAACUUGCUCUUGCAUUCAUGGAUACUGCAGAGGAUGGGACUGCCCAGGACUGUGUUCAGAAGUCACAAAAUGAUCUGGGUGGCUUACCUGCCCUUCAAAGGUCAAAACCAAAAGUGCCACCAAAGAUUUUCAAAACUCAUUCAGAUAACAGUUUCUCUCCAGGCUGCCCUCCCAUGGUACAGAUGACCAAAUCAGUCACAUUCUAAUAGAGUUGAGGAAGCGCUGAUUAAAGGUACAGGGUGAUUGUUCAUAAGAAAUGGGAAAAGCACAGCCUAAUGGAAGACUAGGGAGCCAGUCCCAUAGCUACUCAUGCUGUGUCCAAGAAUUUUGAAUGCAGGUCAGUCUUUAAGAGACAAUGCCUAUGGACGGAUUCUCUAAACUUGGCUUCUCAUCUUCAAACAUAUCCCAAAGUGCUUUUGAAUCAUGUUUUUCAUAUUGCCUUCCUCACAACUGGGUUGAUAUAUAACAUGUUUAAUCUGUUGAAACCAUUUGCACUGUUUCCUUCAGAUACUUCGAACUAAAAAAUUAAGUUGAAUGUUUAAACAGUGGUGAGAUAGAAGGAGGGGUUUGAGGAAGCAAGUGACUACUCCGCUGCAAAUUUAGGACAGUAGCACAUUUUUCAGUAGCAAUACUUGUUUCUGUUUCUGUCUGACACCCAACGUAGUCUUCUAAAAGAGGUUGUGGGUGAUUUGUGUAAGGAAAGUUGACUUUCAUAGCAUCUAUGCAAUAUCUAUGCACACAUUAUUGAUGUGUGUGUUCUCAUGCAUCAAAACCAGGCAGUUCAGCAUGCCUGUUCAUAGUUGUUUUGCUCCCUUAUUUGUUUGCACUGAUGAGGUUUCUCAAAGAUUAGUAAAGUAUUCCAUACAGCUGGUUUUCUGUUCUACUCAGCCAUGUAAUAAUCUAUAUAGGAAGCAAGGACAACUUCUGAGGAAAGCCAACAUGGCAGUCUAGAUCGCAUUUACUGAAUUGUUUGCAUGUCUGUUCAU